AUGGACUCCAAGUUGAUUGAGAUCCUGGACGAGUGGGAGGAGGGCAUGUUCAUGUUCCCGGAGCUGCUGUCAGAAGCUUAUACUACAUUUCUCGGGCAGCUCGUUGGGGCCACUGCAGCGGAGCGGAGCGACCCUCGCGUCGUCCCAUUCCUGCUUGCCGGCUAUCUGGCGUACUUGGAGGACCAGAAGGGUGAGGAUCCUCAUGCUGCCUUGACCUACCGCAUGGCUUUGGCCAUGCCAGGUCCCUCCAAGUUCAGGUCACCUUCGCCUCAGCCAGAGCCUCCUCAUUCACCCUCGCCUCAGCCAGGCCCCUCCAAGCAGAGGUCACCCUCGCCUCAGCCAGGUUCUUCUGAGUCGAGGUCACCCUCUCCACAGCCAGGUCCAUCUCGUUCCCCCGAGGCCGCCAAACGCCCAAGGGAGGAGGAUCAGGAGGAGGAAGGCCCUACCCUGGAGGUGCUUCAAAGCCGUGAGCGUGAGCUUAAACGGUUCAAAACAAAAUUCCGCGAAGAAGUGGUUAUGAUCAAAGGUCUUGGUGACACUUUACCAUCAGGAGACCUUAUGGUAUCGCUCUUCGACACCAUGCUGCAGCGACAGCGAGAGGCUGUCGAUGCCAAGGAUGAUGACAGGGCAAUCCUUGAAAUUGAAAGUGCAGAAAAUGUUGACAACCCUCUGUGGUUUAGCAUGAGGAGGGUUGACCAACUUAACGGUCAAGUUGUGCUCGACAAGCUUGAACGUGUUUUGAACUCUAAUCAGGCUUUCAUGGCCAAUGGGGUCAUGAAAAUUAGUUACAUACACGUCCCUACUCCAGAAAAUGGAGGUCGUCGCACUAAUCGGGUUCAGAAUGAGACUAUGGACCAAUGGCUACAAAGAAUGGUCGACAAAAGUACCAUAUUUUCACCUGACAACACCAGGGACUCCAUGUGCUUGGCACGGAGCAUAUUUGUGGCCAAGUCUAGGAAGGGUCUUCACAGGUCCUCGUUUCUACGGCUUAAGAAACCGGAGUCAGGGGAACAGGACAAGGGGGCUAAGGCUUUGUGUGACAAAGCGCACAUUGGUUACGAUCAAGCCUGUGGUCUAGAUGAAAUCAGAAUGAUGCAGGAUAUACUGCCUGAUUAUCGACUCUGUGUUUUUACCGACAAGCAUGGUAAAGAGUGCAUAUUCAAGGGGCCUUAUAAUGCAACGCGUCAGAAUCUGUACCUCCUUCUGCACAGAGAACACUUUUCGGCUAUCCUCUAUCCUUGCCAGGCAUUCGAAGUUCAUUUCGAAUGCCAAAAAUGUGUAGCUUUUUACAACCACAACACAGAUCACCGUUGUGAGGGUUCGUGCUGGCGUUGUUUUGGAGAUACGGUGCACGAUGACCCCACCACUCCUCUUGUACGGUGUCCAGACUGUCGGCAUCAGUUCUCAGGUGAUGAGUGUUUGAGAUUUCACAAAACUGUGAAAAUGAGGAACUCUAAUCACACAAAAUGUCAAGUCUUUCGGUUCUGCACCAAUUGCUCCAAAAGCUAUAACGUUUUGAAGUCACCAAAACAUGUAUGUAAUUUUGUUUAUUGUAAAAACUGUAAAGAAAAUGUCAAGGAGAAUCACCUUUGCUACAUGAGUGGAUGGACUGAGCCAGAGAAAAAGAAAAAGUGGAACUAUGUAACGGUGUUCUAUGACAUUGAAACUACUCAAUGUGAUCCUGUUGAGGGAAAAGAAAACACAUUCGAACACAAACCAAACCUGCUCGUUUCACAAGCAGUGUGUGAUGAUUGCACCAAAGUGCCAGGAAACGACCAUUUCUGCACGGUGUGUAAAACCAGGCAACAGGUAUUCCACAACUUGGAUGACCCUGACGCUAAUGUUAUGGGCUUGUUUCUGGACUACCUCCAAUCUUUUGGACCUAAGACAAGCGUUUUGAUAGUGGCACACAAUGCAAAGGCAUUCGACGCCAUUUUCGUUCUCCAGGAAUUAGUGAAAAGGGAAUUGAAACCAGAUCUUAUCCUGAACGGUGCUAAAAUCCUGUGCAUGAAGAUCGGCAAUUGGAAAUUUAUUGAUUCCCUAAUGUUCCUGCCAAUGCCCCUAAGCACUAUGCCAAAGUCAUUCGGGUUCACCGAACUCAAGAAAGGGUACUGGCCCUUCUUAGCUAAUAAACCAGAGUAUUACAAUUAUGAAGGCCCCCUCCUAAACAAAGAACUUUACUGUGUGUCAGGCAUGAAGUCAAAGGCCGCCAACGACUUUAAUACAUGGUACGAUGCCCAGGUAACUGCAAAGUACAUCUUCAACUUCCGAAGGGAGUUAAUUGAAUAUUGUAUAUCUGACGUGACGAUUCUGCGUCACUCGUGCCAAGCUUUUAGAAAGCUUUUCCAAAAAGUUGCUGGGUUUGACCCAAUGCUCCACUGUAUUACACUAAGCAGUGCAUGCAUGGCGGCCUUUCGCCGGAAUUUCUUGACCGCCAACACGAUAGGUCUUGUGCCUCCAGGAGGAUAUCAUGGCAGAGGCAAGCAAAGCCACAUUGCUCUAAAGUGGCUUGAUUAUGAGGCCCACAAACUCGGCAAGGUCAUAAAGACUAUUUACACCGACCGUGAGGUCCGUGUCAUGGGAAGGGCAGUGGAUGGUUACAUAGAAAUCCCUCAACCAAAUGGCAGCACUGAGCGCCGCAUUUAUCAAUUUCACGGGUGCUAUUGGCACCAGUGCCCCGAACACUUCCCAGCUAACGAAGACGACAUAGAAAACAAAUACCAAAAAACUAAAAAGAUCACAGCUAUGUUCCGAAAACAGGGCUAUGUUGUGAUAGAAAAGUGGGAAUGUCAGUUUAAACUGGACCUUGCCAAUGACCCCGAAGUCAAGAACUUCUUUGAGAACAAUCCAACCACACGCACUCCCCCUCUGCAGCUAAGAGACGGCCUGGCGGGUGGACGAACGAGUGCUCUUAAAUGGCACUACCAAGCCAAACCAGGCGAAAAAAUAAAAUUAGUGGAUGUCAUUUCAGAAUACCCAAAUGCCAAUCUUCGGGCAGAGUAUCCAGUAGGCCACCCAGAAAUCCAUCUAGAAGGAUCUCCUGAGAUGCCACCCCCAGAUUUCUGGAAUGGCAUGAUAAAAUGCACUGUGUUACCCCCAAAAGACCUUUACCUGCCGGUUCUCCCAUACAAAUGUAAUGGAAAACUCCUUUUUCCACUCUGUCGCACAUGCGCUGAGAACGAGUGCACAGAAAUUUGUCAACACGCACCUCCUGAGAGACAGAUGAUGGGUUCGUGGUGUGCACCAGAGCUUCUCUACGCUCUCAGGGAGAAGAACUACCGGCUUCUUGCUACCCACGAAGUAUACCAGUACCCUGCCACAUCCCAGUACGAUCCUCAGACACGACAGGAUGGGUUGCUUUCUGCGUAUGUCAGGUGCUUUAUGGCCCUGAAGAUACAGGCAAGUGGUUGGCCUGUCGACUGUGACACUGAUGAGCUCAAAGCCAAGUUUGUGGAAGAUACCUUGAAACACGACGGGGUCAUCAUAGACCCCGCAAAGAUGAUUAAGAACCCCGCUCUGCGCACUUUGGCCAAACUAAUGUGUAACAGUUUUUGGGGGAAGUUCGGAGAAAAAACGCUUCGACCCAAGACAGAGCUGAUCAAGGAACAUGAAGCAUUGUUAGAGCUGAUAACAGACCCUCGUAAAACCGUGACUGCCCUUCUCCCUCUAAGCGAGACCUUACUGCAGGUCACAUGGCAGCCAGUAGAGGAUUCAGAGGAAUCCCUACCCACAUCCUCCCUGAUACACGCUGCCUUUACGACCUGUCAUGGCCGUCUUCAAUUGUACAAGUACUUGGACGAGGUAAAGGACCGUGCACUUUACCACGACACUGACAGUGUGGCGUACAUCAGUCGGCCUGGCCAGCCAGAACUUCGCCUCGGCACCCACUUGGGUGAUUUAACAGACCAGAUUGAAGAAGAUCAUGGCCCAAACUCGUACAUCACAGAGUUCGUUGCGGGGGGCCCUAAAAAUUAUGCGUACAAGGUCGCUGUAGGUGGGGAUACAAAAAACAUAAAAGUUUGCAUAAAAGUCCGGGGAAUUUCUAUUAACAAGUCCUGUGACUCACUGGUGACUUUUGAAAGGCUUAAGUCGAUGGUAAUGGGGGAAAGAGACAAAACAACUGUUCCCAUUCCCCUCCAGAUUACCCGAUUGCCUACUUGGAAGGUGGUCACGCGCCCUACGACCAAAAAUUGGCAGGCCAAAAACACUAAGAGGCGGCGGGUUGACAUGGCUAACACAGUCCCCCACGGCUUUAAUGCCUGGUCUGAAGCCGAUGAGGAGGAUCAAGGACUCCUCGAAGUCAUGGGCUUCAUGGCAACUGAUUAA